GAUGAAGGCUCUCCAUUCUCCAUUAUUAUCGUGUACAAGAAAUAAACUAACAAAGCUUCACAGUAGUUUAACUUCCACAUAAAAAAACAAACCAUGCCAUCUUAUUAAAAAAAAAAACAGAAUCCAUUCAUCCACCACUGAUAUAUAUCUUUUGCAGAAGAAGUUAGUUAGAAUCUAAGAAUCUCAAUUUCUUCAACCAAAGCCAUAUAUAUAUGAUCAUAUAUGAUAAUAUGAUUCUGUCCCACAAACAUACCCUUUGAGAAAGUGAUCAUGUUCAUCAUGGCCCAUAUGUGGUACCUUACCUACCUCAUAUGGUACAGACAAUGAAACAAACCAACCAACCAAGCAACUUUGUCCUUAGGAGAACUUACAAAUCCUAUUAUCUAGGACUUUCUGUUUCUUUUUCUUUUUUCAGGAUCCUCAUGCUACCAUGUCAAAGUUCCAUUUGAUAUAUGUUAUAUGGUUAGUUUUGUCUAUAAGAUUUUGUAUAGUUGAGGUUUCUGCUUCAUGUUGUCCACAUCAGUUUUUUCGACAAAGCAAUCGACGAUUUGAGCAGAAAACUGAUAGGUUUUGGAAGUUUAGUGAAGUAGAUGAUAGAUGGAUUGAAGUGAAACUACCAUGUGAUUUAGUACCUUGUGUUAAUAGUGAAGGUAGUAAAAUGGAAGAAGAACAUGAAUUGGAUGAGAAAAGGAUGAAUUUGGAUAUGGUUUUGCCUUUGAGAAAGAGAAUUUCUUUGACAAAAAUGUCUGAAACUUCUGUGUGGAUCAUUGGUGAAAGUGGUUGUAUCUAUGAAAGGUUUUGGAAUGGACUUGAAUGGGUGAUUGCUCCUCAUGAUUUACCUUUAUCACAAGGACAUGCAGUUGCAGUUUUUAUCAUUAGUCAGAAAAUUCUUGCUCUAUCUGAAUCAGGAAAUCUUUAUCAGAUGCAUGUGCAAAUUGGUGAAACCUCGCAUCCAGUUUGGAUUGAAUUCACACAUACGCUCGAUCAAAUCACAGAUUCUGAUCCAAUAUUAAUAAAGUCUGGUGUUGUGACAGAUGAUAGGAAGAGAGGUUAUUUCUGUACAAAGAAAGGAUCACUGGUAGAGCUUGCAGAGGUUGAGCCUCCAAGAUGGAUAAAUCAUGGCCAACCAGGUGGAGCAAAUGUAGCAGCAAUAACUGAUGUUGCCUCUACACGAGAAGUAGUAUACACCAUAAGUUCUACUGGAGAUCUUUAUGAAUAUAACAGUAAAUCAAAACCAUCAUGGAAAAGGCACAUAUGGCAAGAUAAAAAGGCACAAGUUUCAUCUUUGAUACCAUCUAAGGGGUGCACUUUACAUGGAUUAAGUGCUGAUCAUUCUGAAUCUUUGUUUCUUUUAACCAAGGAAGGCACUUUAGUGGAAAGAAGAUUACAUCAAAGGAAGUGGAAAUGGGUGGUCCAUGGAAAUCCACCACAUCAAAAUUUGACAUCUAUUACAUCAUCUUUCAGAGAUGAAUCUAGUGAAACUUCCAUUUCUUUAUUCUUCACUACUUCAGUUGGAUCUGUUUUUGAGUAUCAAAUUCCAAAACAAUUAGGAACUUCUCCAAAUAAUCAAUUUCCAGGAGGAGAGUGGAAAAGCCAUCAACACCCCUUACAUGCAAAAGCAGCAAGAGGCAAACCAGGCUUACCAUUACAAGUUGGAAGGAUACUCUUUGCCCUAGAUGAUGGUAGACUUGCAGAAUUACAUCUAUCAGGACAAGGUGGUGAGAGUGCAGGACCAUCUCUACCACAAAAUUUUAGAAGGAAAACAUCAUCAACAACUAAAUAUGUUUGGUCCAUAUUAGAUGCACCAGCUAGUGAAGGAUGGAAUGCAGAAUAUUGCACAGACGAGCGCGGACCACGAAACUGUAUGACAGGCAUAAAAGAUGAGUCAAAGGAUUCGGGAAUAACAAGUUCAGUAACAGGUAGAAGAAAACAAAGCCAAGAACAUCAUUAUUACUUAUCUCUAGGAAAAGGUGGUGAACUGAUUAGUCCUUCAGAAGAAGAAUUCAAUCUUCCUGAUGAUUGGAUUAGUAGUAAUUUUCGCCUGCGAUUGAUGUUUGAAGGCAAGUCAUUUUUCUUGGUGACAAGUGAUGGUAUGAUUUUUGAACAUGUUUGUAUUGAGAGUGUGUGGAUAUGGCUGAAACAUGAAAGUUCUACAGCUAUGAAUGGUAUAGUAGGGAACUAUAAUGGUAGUUUAUUCAUGGUUGAUACUUUUGGGAGUGUGAUUCUUAGAGAAUGGAGUGGUAAUGAGAUAGCAUGGAAGAAUUGUUCUGAUAUGAGAAAAGGAAGAAAUGUUGUUGUUGGAGGUCAACCAUGGGAUAGAUUGCCAGGUAUAGCAAGGAAAAGGGUUACCACUGAAGAUUCACUCUUCUUUGUGAGCAAAAGUGGAAGAUUAUUGCAGUUCACGGUGUACAUGAGGAAAUUCAAAUGGAAGGAUUGCAAAAAUCCUCCAAAUGUGAAAGUUGCAAGCAUAGUUGAUCAGGAAUUAUUCAGGGAGAAUAUAAUCUUCGUCACCGGAAGAAAUGGACGUAUAUACCAAUACAACAAAGUGAAUGAUUUGUGGCAUGAACAUUACCAAUCUCAGCAUUUGAUUCUAUCAAAUUUUCCUGGAACAGUUAUAAGACCAUUAUCAAAAUCACUAACAGGCUCAAUCUUCAUGUUUUCAAGAGACGGUGGCCUUGUUGAGUACAAUUGGAAUACAUGGAAUGAAUGGAAUUGGAUAGAACAUGGAACACCUUAUAAAGGUGUAACAUUUGUUGGUUCACCUGGUCCUAGCUUUGAAGGGAAUCAAUUACUUUUGAUUGGUUCAGAUGGAAAAGUGUACCUUAGAUAUAUGGAUAAAAAUGCAUGGAAGUGGAAGGAUUGUGGUUUCCCUUCUUUAGGAGAUAAAAAUGUUGAUGCAGAUAGAGAAGAAGAAUUCAAUGAUGAAGAUGACUUAAUCUUUAAAUGUGAUCCUAAGGUGAGAUCUACAAGACCAAUUCCAUUUUCUGAUGAUUCUGCUAUAUUUGAACUUAGAGAUGGCAGGUUGGCAGAAAUACAACUUGUAGGGGAGAAAGAAUGGGUUUGGUCAAGGAUCAUUGGCACUCCAAAUAGUUUAUGUUUACAAAACUAUUGGAUUACAGUGGCAUCAUCAUCAUCAUCAUGAAAUUGUUGACAAUAGCUUAUAAGAGAAUGACCAGCCAAAAACCUUGAUGACUUGAUGUACAGUUUAGACAGUCUAGUGACCUUAUUAUGCUAACAAAGAUGAGAAGGUUGAAGCUAUAGGUUAUAGCUAUGAAGCUCACACACGACACGAAUACAUAUACGCCAACACGAUACAUAUCUGACACCGGAACAUUUGUGCUUCAUAGGAUUAUAGCAACAAAGUUAUGAAUAAGAGUAUGUCCUCUUCAUAAAGAAAUUUUAUGAAUUUCAUAAGUAGAAAUUGAUCCUCUAAGAAAAAGAGUACAAAUUGAUAGUGUAAAUAAAGUUUAUAUAGAUGUCUAAUAGUAUUAUAGCUAUUAUGUUAGAUCACAGCAUUACUUUAUAAA